GUUCUUUUUCCCCCCUAUCAAAGUUACAUGUUUAAAAAAAAAAUAAAAAAAAUCCAUCCAUCCAUCCAUUCCUACCGCUUGUCCCUUUCGGGGUGUGGACAAAAAGGUUGUUCUAACACAGUUUACCACAUUUUCUCUCAUAUUUGGGAAUAUAUAAUCAAUUUUUUUUUAGGUUUCUCAGUUUUCCUCGUCCAUUCAUCCAUUUCCUACCCCUUGUCCCUUCUCCCCCCCAUCAAAGUUACAUGUUUAAAAAAAAUAAAAAAAUAAAAACUUAUAUAUAUAUAAAUGUCCACUGUAGUAGACAUUAGUUGUUGUCCUUUUUCCCCCCUAUUAAAGUGACAUGUAAAAAAAAAAAAAAAAAAAAAAAAAAAAUCCAUCCAUCCAUUACUACCGCUUGUCCCUUUCGGUGUGUGGACAAAAAGGUUGAUUUGACCCAGUUUGCCACAUUUUCUCUCAUAAUUGGGAAUAAAUAUUCAAUUUUUUUGAGGUUUCUCGGUUUCCCUCGUCCUUCCAUCCAUUUUCUACAGCUUGUCCCUUUCGGGGUGUGGACAAAACGGUUGAUUUGACACACUUGACCACAUUUUCUCUCAUAUUUGGGAAUAAAUAUUAGAUUUUGUUUUAGGUUUUUCAGUUUCCCUCGUCCUUCCAUCCAUUUUCUACCGCUUGUCCCUUUCGGGGUGUGCACAAAACGGUUGAUUUGACACACUUUACCACAUUUUCUCUCAUAUUUGGGAAUAAAUAUUCAAUUGUUUUGAGGUUUUUCAGUUUCCCUCGUCCUUCCAUCCAUUUCCUACCGCUUGUCCCUUUCGGGGUGUGGACAAAACGGUUGAUUUGACACACUUUACCACAGUUUCUCUCAUAUUUGGGAAUAUAUAUAUUCAAGUUUUUUUUUUUUUAGGUUUCUCAUUUUUCCUGGUGAUUUGUUUUCAUUUCCUAUGUGUGCGCGUAAGCCCCGCCCCGCGCACAAGUUUGCGUCCGUGCAGUGAACAAGUCGCUUGUUUUUUAUUUUUUAUUUUUUUUAUUGUUGCUUAUUUUCUAUUUGUGCGUCCUUAAUGAGAUUUGACCAAGACAACAGCGGCCAGGUUCCGCCGGGUGCCGGUGCCAGGCUUUUCCAUUGGUCCCUGUUUACGCGAUGCCCACGGGAGGCGCGCUGAUUGGUGGCCGCGCUCACGUGACCGCGCAACUUUGUACAUUUGACAGCGAGUAGGAGGGUUCUGUGGAGAUCAGAAAAACGACAGCGCGAUAAAAAUUAGUAUUGUUGCACUUCCCCAAAUUAAUGACCAUGAGUUCCUACUUGAUCAACUCCAACUACAUCGAGCCGUCCUUCCCUCCGUGCGACGAGUACCAGCAGGGCGGGUACGCCGUCCCCAACCCGGGGGACUACUACGAGCGGCCGAAAGACGCGGGCUUCCCCCACCACGACGAAGCGUCCUACCCGCGCUCCAACUACGCGGAACCGGGCUACGACUACGCCAACGUCCCCGCCGCCGGCCUGGAUGACUUCGGCGAGCACGGAGCCUCCGCCGCGCAGCCGCAGCAGAGCCUGCACGUACCGCGCCUGGGAUCCACCCCGGACGCCGCCAAGGACUGCAGCCUGGCCGGCGAGGUGUACCCCGGCGUGGCGAAGGGCAAAGAGCCGGUGGUCUACCCCUGGAUGAAGAAGGUCCACGUCAACUCCGUCAAUGCCAGCUACACCGGGGGAGUGCCCAAGAGGUCCCGCACUGCCUACACCCGCCAGCAGGCUCUGGAGCUGGAGAAGGAGUUCCACUUCAACCGCUACCUGACGCGGCGCCGACGCGUGGAGAUCGCCCACACCAUGUGCCUGUCCGAGCGCCAGGUGAAGAUCUGGUUCCAGAACCGCCGGAUGAAGUGGAAGAAGGAGCACAAGCUCCCCAACACCAAGAUCCGCUCCAGCUCGGCCUCCGCGUCCACGCAGCAGCAGCAGCAGAUGAAAGCGGGCCAGCAGCUGGUGCCCACGCCGUGCUCCGUGGGUCUAUAGUGCACCUUUUACCCCCCUCACACUCAACCCAGACUGAGAUGGCAAAGAACAGGCGGAUUUCAAACGGACCGAGUCAAUAUUUUGCUGUUAUCUGCCGCCCAGAAUUCCACUCCCCGCUCGUCUCGCCUUCAGCUUGUUGUUAUUAUUAUUAUAAUAUUAUUAUUAUUAUUAUUAUUAUUACCAAUGAAGGAUUACGCACAUGGAUCAAAACAAGGUAGCAUUAGAAAUAUUUUGUCCUAUUUUUCCCCCCCACGGAGGAUUAUAAUAUACUUGAAAGUUAUGAUUUUUUUUUUUUUGUAUAGUAGUCAGUCACAUAGCGUGUGUGUGUGUGCGUGUGUGUGUGUGUUGAAUGUUUCGUGCAGGUGACACGGCCCCCACACCGUAAUGUACAUAAAGACACGUGAUCCACGAAGGCACAAUAAGGAACAAAAAAGCAUUUACACUCAUAUAGUUGUUUGUCGUGCACGUCUUUUCUCCACUGUGGACUCGUGCUCGUGCGUCCUUCCUUCCUUCUUCUUGUCGUCUUUUUUCCCCCCACCCGAAAAAACUGUGAACGCUCCGUGUGUGUGUUCGUGUCGUCUCCUAGUGACGUGUCGUGUAGACUGAAUAUGUCCCUGUGAAAUAAACGUGUACUUCACUUC